GCGGAAUCGGCCGUUACGAAUUCGCCUUUCGCUACCUGAGAAACCAGGCGUAGAAGGCUGGCAAAAUUCGGAGAAGGCGUUCCGCGCCGUCCUACCCUUUCAUACACAAUGGGAAAGACUAGAGCUGCGACUAAGGAUGUUCUUACCCAUGGAUGUCCUCGACGAAAUACCAUACGACGCUUUGGAUAAGCUUCAGUCGCUCUACAUCACCAUCCCCGGAACUCUUCUCACAGCGUGGCCGCAUCUCCGCCGCAUCCUCGAUAGCGCACCAAACAUCGAGCGUCUCGGGCUGGAGGCUGACCUCAGUGAGCAUCUGCCUCCAGGGUCGUUACCCUUCGCAGGCAUCCGGAUACUGGACGUGCAUAACGUCGCGCUACCGGUUAUCGACUGCCUCCGCCUCCUCGAAGCAGCACCAGCACUCGAUAGCCUCAUGAUUCGCAUCGCAGUCGCAGAUGCUCCUCUAUCACUACCAUCCGUCACGCACACCACGCUCAAACUCCUCUCCGUCUACUCCAUCGCCCUUGACGCCGACGCGCUCUUCGACGCGGUCACGCUUCCGCAGCUCAUCGACCUUACCAUCAUCUGCGGCCACCGCAUCCCGCCCGAGACGACCAUAUCCUUCUUCGCACGCUCGCGCUGCGCCCUGCGCCGCCUGCACCUCUGCACGCCCGUCGACGACGCGGAGACGCUCGUGCGCGUGUUGGAGCCCAUAUCCGCGACGCUCGAGAUCUUCCACCUAGGCCUCCUAUGCGACGACGCGAUGUCGAUGGACGCGCUUAUCGAGCGGCUGAUCAUCCGGGAUGAUGCGCAGGAGGUCUUCUGCCCGCGGAUACAUAGCAUCCUGCUCGGACCGGGGAGCAAAGUGAAAGAGGAGACGGCGAGCGCGUUGAUGGAUACCAGGACGCGCACGGUGCACGCGGGCGUGGUCAAGCUGGAAGCCGCGCUCGUGCAUGUGCAGACUGUUCGCGACGCUCCGCCACGAUAGCUGCCGAUUGCUUUCGCUAUGGCUUCCUCCCCUCGCCGCGAGCGCAUCGCAGGCAGCGUCUUCUGUCAAACCCACUUGGUAGUCAUGGGAAUCGCCGCAUGCACGACAAGUUCCCGACCGAGCACACGAAAGUGUACCAUCUCUACCGGCUGGCGAAGAAGCGGAUGACUGGGCAACGUCGAGGGAAAGGUGGGCAAUAUGUGCGAAGGCCUGCGCUUGAGGAUGUGCACCACCCCGAUGGUGCAACAGAUCAAGACAUACCUUAGGUCUCGAGCCUGUAUAGUGGUACCGCGGGUUCCCCAUUGUUUCCAUGCAGAGCGCCCGACUGUAUUGAGUGUGGUGAAGAAUACGAAGUCAUAGGCGAGGUGAAAUAUAUUAUAA